AUGCAGAAAUCAGAGUGCCAUGGAGACACACAGCUGAGAAGCAGAGUGACAAGUAAUGAUGAUCAAAGGACAUCCUCAAGUCCACAGAGAAAGCCUAGGACUACAGUUCAACGAAGCAAAUCCUCAACCUCACCAUUAGCCAGUUCUCCAGAUGCUGCCAUAAAAAUCCAUCCUCGACCAAGUGAUAAGCUUAACCCUAAAACGAUUAACCCAUUUGGUGAACAGUCACGAGCCCCUUCUGCAUUUGCAGCUGUUUAUUCUAAAGGUGGUAUUCCUUGCAGGUUGGUCCAUGGUUCAGUAAAACACAGAUUACAGUGGGACUCUCCUCCUGAAAAUCUUUCCUUUGAUCCUCUUCUUAUUACUUUAGCUGAGGGUCUGAGAGAGACGAAACAUCCAUACACCUUUGUUUCAAAGGAGGGUUUUAGAGAAUUACUCUUGGUCCGCGAUGCUCCUGAAAAAACUGUGCCUUUGCUUCCUAGACUGAGUCCUGUGCUGAAGGCGGCUCUGGCCCAUUCGGAUGAUGAAGUGUUUGAAAGGGGAUUGAAUGCUCUGGUGCAGUUGAGUAUUGUUGUAGGUCCUUCUCUAAAUGACCAUCUGAAACAUCUGCUUACCAGUCUAUUCAAGAGACUAAGGGACAAGAGGUUCAAAGAGCCGAUCACGAAUGCAUUGCAGAAGCUGGAGCAGCAUGGUGGAAGUGGAAGCCUUAUCAUCAUCAAAGCUAAAAUUCCAACAUACUGCUCCAUAAGUUGUUGA